GAUGGACUGUUGUUUGGGAAUGUUAAUCUUCUCAAAUAACAGGGUAUUAAUGCGGAAAUCUUUUCAACGCAUUCCUUAUGUGUAAUUACUGUAGCUGCACCCUUGUGAUGCAUGACAAUACUGCGCUAGAUUGAAAUGAAUUGGAGAACCAUGUUUUACAUUUGAUUCAAUCCCAGCCAACCACGCACGCUUUGGUAUGUCUACACCCCUUUUUCGUCGGCUAAAAGUGGCACAAAGACGCGCUGGCUUUAGGACUUUUUACAAGUUUGGUCUUCCCCUUUAAAAGUCUGCAGCCCUAGCGGUGAUCAUUGGACUGAAAACUCUGCGGAGGGGAGAAGAGAAUGAACUAGCUUGAACAAGAAGCCGGGAUCAUGGCGGCACCGCUCGGGCGGGACACUCUACCUGACCACUGGUCCUAUGGAGUUUAUCGAGAUGGCAGGGUCUUCUUCAUCAAUGAUAAAACUCACAGCACUACUUGGCUCCAUCCCCGUACGGGUGAACCUGUCAACUCUGGACACAUGAUACGAUCAGAUUUACCACUGGGAUGGGAAGAAGGAUUCUCGGACGAGGGGGCCAGCUACUUCAUUAACCAUAACCAGAAGAGCACGUCGUUCCGACACCCUGUGACUGGACAGAUCUCUCCAGAAAACACGGAAUAUAUGCUCCACAACAAGACAGAGUCCCGGGGCAUGUCCAAGCCACUGCCACCGGUCAGUCAGAGGCCCCCCAGCAUGGUCAGCCAGACUUCCAAGGCUGUGACCUCAUCAACAGUGGAUGUCACCUCAGGGUCAAAGGGCUCUAGGAGUAGUGGCAAGGUACACAGCUUCGGCAAGAGGGACCAAGCCAUCAAGAGGAACCCCAAUAUCCCUGUGGUGGUCAGGGGAUGGCUCUACAAACAGGACAGCUCUGGAAUGAGACUGUGGAAGAGGAAGUGGUUUGUGUUGUCCGACUACUGCUUGUUUUAUUACAAAGACAGCAGAGAGGAGACGGUUUUGGGGAGCAUCCCCCUGCCCAGUUAUGUCAUCGCCCCUGUGGAGCCUGAUGACCACAUCAGCCGCAAGUAUGCCUUCAAGGCGAGCCACACAGGAAUGCGCUCCUACAUUUAUAAUAAGAACUCUGUGAUUGGCUCGCAGGCAGAGCACGGUGGGAUGAGGACGUACUUCUUCAGUGCCGACACACAGGAGGACAUGAAUGGUUGGAUCCGAGCCAUGAACCAGGCUGCUCUCAUGCAGAGUCAAGGCAUCAAGAGAGAGGCAGUCACAGAGAGACCAGAAAUGUCAGUGCAGCAGGCAGUACCACAGACCAACCACGUUAACAACAACAACACCAGUAAGAGCCCCUCCCAGUCGCGUUCAGGGAGCCUCCAGCGGCCCGAGAGAGAGGAGCCUCCGGAGGGGGAGAUCCGACUGAGCCAGGGGGACGAGGAGAGUUACGUUUUGGGGGCUCCUAGAAAGCUCAGCCAUCCAGCCACGGAGGUAGAGGUGGACAGGCUCUCCCCAGACACUCUCCCUGGCCCCUCACACCCCAGGAAUGGCCAGGCCCACACAGUCCUCGCCACGCUGCCCCCUGAGCAGAAUGGGAACGUCGUGUAUAAGAGGGGCUUUGUCCCACGGACAGCCACAGAGAAGCAGGUGCAGAGGAAGACAGCUCUAGCUCAGGUGGAGCACUGGGUCAAAGUACAGAAGGGAGAUCCCAAGAGCAACACAUCUACUACUGAGUACGCCCUCCCCCUCCCUCGGCGGACCCCUCCCCUGCAGCCUAAGGCCGUGGUAGUAGAGGCCUACCAGACAUUGCCAAAGACCCCCAGACUCCCGUCUGGCGGGAGCUCCCCUUCGCGCCCCCGCAACCUGCCCAGCGACUACAAAUACGCCCACGACCGGCUCAGCCACUUCCGCAUGUCCACCGAUGAGCGCAUGGCCACCAAGGAGGGCAUGGUAUGGCAGCUGUAUGAGUGGCAGCAGCGCCAGCAGUUCCGCCACGGCAGCCCCACGGCGCCCAUCUACACCGGGCCAGACUUCCUGGACACGGCCUCCUUCAGGGUCACUGUGGAGAUGCCUCGCUCCAUCUCUGUGCCCCCUUCUCCCUGUGAAGUCCCCCCAUCUGUCCCCACCUUCAAACCACUGUCCCCCCACAGACCACACACCCCCUCAGACAGGGUGACGGUCAAGCCGCUGGAUGAGGUGCCACCUGGGGAGUCCCCCACCGGCGCCAGUUCUCCUAGACGGGUGUUUUCUCAGCUCUCUAAGACUAGUCAGCUGGAGAGGCGGUCAAUGCCAGCCAUGGGCUACAUCACACACACAGUCAGCGCACCAAGCUUGCAUGGGAAAACGGCAGAUGAUACUUACAUGCAACUGAAGAAGGACCUGGAUUAUCUAGAUCUGAAGGUUACAGGGCGUGAAACUCUAAAAGAAAGACCAUCGAGACCUGUUAAGAUAGCAGAGAGCGAUGUUGAUGUGAAGUUAAGUCGACUGUGUGAACAAGACAAGAUCCUUCAGGAGCUGGAAACAACGAUACGCACGCUCAAGGAAGACAAGGACAAGUUGGAGUCCGUGCUGGACGUGUCCCACCAGCAGAUGGAGCAGUACCGGGACCAGCCGGCCCACCAGGAGAAGAUAUCCUACCAGCAGAGACUACUGCAGGAGGACGUGGUGCACAUCAGAGCUGAGAUCUCUCAGGUGUCCACGGAGAUGGAGAAUGCGUGGAAUGAGUACAGCAGCCUGGAGAGAGAUGUAGACUGGUUGAGGACAGCUCUGGAGGGCCAGAUGAACCGCAGUGGUCUCUCUCAGAAGGAGAAGUCCCAGAUCAAGAGGGAGUUGUGGAGGAUUGAAGACGUAAUAGCAGGCCUCAGCUCCAGCAAAGCCAACUACCAAGUCACCAUCUCCUCUGUGACCAACCCAGGUGAGAGGAGUGCUGUGGCUCUGCCUCCGCUUGCCUCUACUAACACACACUGGAGCUCAGGACGAGAGAGAAAACUUGUGCCUUCCGUGUCGCCAUCGUCAGUGCCUUCUCUGUCUGCCAGUCCCUCCCUGGGAGAGAUGAGACUGGCCCAGCAGCACAGCCCCCACCUCAGCCCCACAACCCCCACCUCCACCCAGCACACCACCGCAGCCCUCCCCAUAUCUGUGCCAAAAUGGGCAGAUGAGGGCGCCCCUCCCCGACCACCACUACCUCAGCUAUACAGUCCUGAGGACCACGCCCCGGCCGUGCCUCCGCUGCCCAGGGAGACCAGUGUCAUCAGACACACGUCUGUACGAGGCCUCAAACGACAGUCUGACGAACGCAAGCGGGACAGGGAGAUCGGCCAAUUCACCAACGGAGACAACAAGGUGGAGCUGCGCACCUUCCUGAGUGAACCUGAGCUUCCGGGAAUGGGAGGGUCUGGUCACAUGAGGAUGGGGGCCUUGGGGCAUGAUGGUGGCUACCAGACCCUGCCAAGCAGAGGGCCGGCUGGCUCCUCAUCCAGGCUAAAUCAGUCCACAAACAUCUCCUCAUAUGUUACCCUCAGAAGAGGAGCUUCAGCCGCCUCAGGCCUGAAGGAGAGACCAAAGAGUGCCUUGGAGCGUCUGUACUCUGGGGAUGUGCUGCAGCAGCAGAGCAGGGGGAGGAUGAGUGCUGAGGAGCAGCUGCAGAGGAUGAAGAGGCACCAGAAAGCUCUGGUCCGCCAGCGCAAGAGGACCCUGAGUCAAGGAGAACGCCAGGCCUCUUCAUCACGAGCCUCCUCCUCAUCAUCAUCACAGCAACGCCCCCUUUCCGCAGACCUAGGCUCAUGGAGGCGAGAGCAGGAGUUUGACCUGCAGUUGCUGGAGCGGGCGGUGCAGGGGGAGGAGGCGCGGGGAGUGGUCCAGGGCGAGGAGUGUCCAGCGGAGCACAGUGAUAGACCUCGGUCCCAGUCAGACGAGUGGCUGACCCUCCACUCUACAGCCACGUCCACACUUACCCGGGAGGCGGACCUGGAGACGCUGGACUAUGACCUGGACCUCAGCCGAGAGCUGGCCAAACCUCAGAAGGUGUUCAUCCCUGAACGCUACGUAGACACAGAGCCUGAGGAACCUCUCAGCCCUCAGGAGGUGGAGGCUCGCCAUCGCAACAGGGAGCGCAUCAAGAACAUUCUGGCCAAGUCCAGUGUUCAGAUCCUAGCGGGGCCCUCUGUGGCGGUGGACAAGCCAGAGGUGGUGGGUCUGGACUCAGCCCUGCUGAAGCAGGAGAGGAUCAUCACUAUGUCUUACGCCCUGGCCUCAGAGGCCUCCCUGAAGAGCAAGCAGGUCGCAGUAGUACCACUGCACCCUAACAUCCCCACCAUGCCUCCUCCUCCACCUCCUCCUCCACUUCCUCCUCCUCUUCCUCCUGUCUCUCAGGCACCUCCCCCUCCUCCUCCUCUAAGCAACGGAUUUCACUUCUCGUUUGUCUAAUCAGAGAAAACAAACCAAAGCGCUUUCUGGACACUGAGGUGCUGUUCCAUGAUGACAAUACAACCUGGAUUCUUGAAGAAAGAAAGACCUUGUUUGGUUGUGACAGUUACACUGUUAUACAGUAGAUGGGCGUUAGUGAACAUUUAACCUGCCCUCAGUAGCACGCAGCAGGACUUACUCGCUGAUGCAUUUUUAGUAGCUAAAAUGAAGUAACUAUUUUCUUAAGAAAAUGUAUGUCUGCUGUGAAAGCUGCUGUGCAUAUUAACUUUGGAAGUGUCUAACAGAUGUUAAUCCCAUAAUAGAAAAUGUUUUAUACACGUUAUUGCACUUUUAGCAUUAUACUGUAGAACUGAAAGAGAUAUUUUCAAGGUGAGAAUGUUUUGUCUUGCAGUGUGAUCUGAAUUUGGAGGGAACUUGUAUUUUUUCAAAAAGGUUAAUGAGAGUAUUCACCAACUGGAAGGUCGAUAUGAACAUGAUAAGGUACUGAACAUGUGUCAUGUUGAUUGUAUUUUUGUCAAAACUCAGAUGAUAUUCUUACACCAAAUCACUUGAAAUGUAAUCUGUGUUUGUAUCUAGCACUGCCAGUCUCUUAUUGGCUUGCCAAAUUGAUUUUAUUUUUGCUUACAACAUUGGGAGGAAAAUAACAUUGAACAUAAUAUUUUCUGGAUGGCUUGGGCAGGUUGCACAAUGAUAAUUAUUAAAAAUGUAAAUAUUAAAGAUAUUAACAUGA